AUGAAUGCUCCUACGGGUGAUGCUAAAUUAACUAUAUCUAAAGUUGAUUUACAGCAACAUGCAGGAUCAGUCACAUGUCGUCUUGAAAAUGUACAUGGCAGCCAAGAAGAAACUGUUCAUCUGAAUGUUCUUGCUGCGCCACUGAUUACAACACAACUUCCGAAACAAGAAGAAACGGUGAGUGGCAAGGAUGUGACAUUACGAGUUGUUGUUCGCGGAUCUCCACGACCGGAUGCUGAAUGGUUCUUUAAUGAUACACCAAUCACACCGGAGAAUACUUCAUAUGAUGAAGAGAAGAGUGAAUAUCAACUUCUAUUGAAAGAACCAUCUGUUACAAGCAGCGAAGGAACGUAUCGUGUUGUGUUGAAGAAUGAGCUUGGAGAAACCGAAUCAACACCAUGCCUAUUGAUUGUAUUGGAACCAGUAAAAUUGACUAAGAUCGCUCCUACAACAGAUCUUGUUGAUUUAAAGGUCGGUGAACCAUUUGAAAUUUCUGUUGACGCUGAUGGAAAAGAAGCCCCGAAAGUACAAUUAACAAAAGAUGGUAAAGAAAUGAAAUUCACAAGUGUGGAAGGUACACGACAUGUAUACUCAGUGGCAGAGGUGAAACCAGAACAUCAAGGUAUAUACAAAGUUACAGCGAAAAAUAAGACAUCAGCAGAAGAAACAGGCGUCAAUUUAAAUGUGACAGCACCGUUGAGUGUUAGUCAACCACUUGCUGAUAUCAAUGUUUUGAUGGGGCAAGGUGGCAUAUUUUCGUUCAUUUGCGAUGCAUUUCCAGCACCAAAAGUUACAUGGUUCGCGAAUGAUAAUGAAUUGAAAAAUUCGACUAAACAUAAGAUUGAAGCGAAACAAAAUCUUUUUACGUUGUCGGUAAAUAAAUGUGAUAAUGGCGAUAUUGGUACUUAUCGUGCUCAUAUGGACAACGGCAUCGAGAUAGGUGACCAAACUGCUAAACUCAAUGUUGGUACUAAGCCAACUGUUGUCGGAAAACCAGUAGAUCUUCAGGUACAAAUUGGGCAACCAGCUCGUCUUCAAGUACAAUUCACCGGGCAACCAAUACCGGACAUAACAUGGUCAAGAGUAGAUGGUCAACCACUCAGUGAACAUGUCAAAAUUGAAAAUGAUGAAAAAGGUCUUGCCGUAUUGGUAUUCGAUUCGACAAUAUUACCUGAUAAAGGUAGCUACGUAGCAAAAGCAACAAAUAUUGUUGGAUUUGUCGAACAAAAGAUCAAUUUAGAUGUCAAAGAAAUUAAACCAAUAAUUAUUCGUGAUCUUGAACCAGCAAUCAAUGCCACUAAAGGUGAACCAAUGACAUUAACUAUCGGUGCAAAUGGUAAUCCAAAACCAACAGCUCGGUUCUUCCGUGGUGUAGAAGAAAUACUUCCUAUUGAAGGUCAAAUUGAAUUCAAAGAAUCUGAAGAUGGUCAAACAUUUACAGCAACUAUUCUUAGUAUGCAGCCAAAUCAACAAGGUGAUUAUAUAGCAACUGUUCAGAAUAGCGGUGGCAUGGUGAAGAGUAAGAAAUGUAAAGUAACUGUUACAAAAACUCCAAUGUUUGUUCGUACACCACAAGAUUUAACUGUUGCAGAUAAAUCUGAAGCUGUUUUCGAAUGUGAAAUUGAUGCAUUUCCAGUUGCAAAAGUUACUUGGUCAAAAGACGGAAAACCUUUAACGGUUAAGGAUGGUGCUGAAACUCAAGCACAAACUGAUAAAGGUCUUUACACACUUCGUAUUCCUCAAAUUGAUUCAACUAAACAUAUGGGUACAAUAAUAUGUCGCGCAGAGAAUGCUAUUGGCAAUGUUGAACAUCCAUUUCAAUUGAAUAUUACAACAGCUCCAACAUGGAAGGCGCAAUUAAAAGAUAUUGAUGUUUUACGAGGACAAGAUGCAAUACUUUCAAUUGACUAUCAAGGUUAUCCAAUGCCGGAAAUCAUUUGGAAUCGUGCUGAUAAAGUGCUUGAAAGUGACAAUGAAAAAAUCAUGUUUUCAGAAGAUCGAAAACAAUUAACUAUACGUAAUGUACAAAUUGAAAGCGAAGAUGAAUAUAAUGUACGAAUCGUAAAUGAAUUUGGUGAAAUAACUAGUAAAGGAAAAUUAAAUGUCUUAGAACUUCCGGAAAUUCAACCAUUAUUGGUAGAUAAAGAUAUUCAAAUUCGUGAACAAAUCGAAUAUUCAACAACCAUAACUGGACGACCACUACCAGAAAUUCAAUGGUUGAAGAAUCAAAAACCAUUAACUGCUUCACCGCCGCAUAUUAUUAUUGAAACAGUUGAAGAAGAUGUUAUAAAAACUACACUUCGUAUUGAUAAUAUUGUAUCUGAUGAUGAUGGUACAUACACGAUACGUGCUAAAAAUCGUGCUGGUCAAAAAGAAUCAUCAUCAAAAUUAAAUGUUUUGGCUAAAUUGAAAUUUUCUAAAGCAAUUCAAGAUGAAAAUAUCAUUCAAGGACAACCAGUUACAUUUCAAUGUCAAAUAGAAGCAAUACCAAAACCAAAAGUAACAUUUUAUAUCAAUGAUCAAGAAGUAAAAUCAACAGCAAAAAUAAAAGUUGAAGCAAAAGGAGAUGUAUAUACAUUGGCAUUUUCUAAAGUUGAUUUACCUGAUAGUGGAACAAUUAAAGUUGUUGCUGACAAUGGCACAGAUAAAAGUGAAAUAACUGCAAAAUUAAAUGUUUGCUUAAAACCAAGUCUUGUUGGAAAACCAACCGAAGCUCAAGUUUCCAUUGGACAGCCAGCAAGAAUACAAUGUACUUUUACUGGUUUACCAAUGCCACAAUUGACAUGGUCACGUGUUGAUGGACAACCAUUGAAUGAAGGAAUUGAAAUAGCUAAUGAUGAAAACUCAGGCAUAGCAGCUCUAGUUUUUAAUACAACAACAAUGACUGAUAAAGGUGCAUAUCUUGUAAAAGCAACCAAUAUCGUUGGUGCUGCUGAACAAAAAGUGAAUCUUGAUGUUAAAGAAAUUAAACCAAUAAUUAUUCGUGAUCUUGAACCAGCAAUCAAUGCUACUAAAGGUGAACCAAUGACAUUAACUAUCGGUGCAAAUGGUAAUCCAAAACCAACAGCUCGGUUCUUCCGUGGUGUAGAAGAAAUACUUCCUAUUGAAGGUCAAAUUGAAUUCAAAGAAUCUGAAGAUGGCCAAACAUUUACAGCAACUAUUCUUAGUAUGCAGCCAAAUCAACAAGGUGAUUAUAUAGCAACUGUUCAGAAUAGCGGUGGCAUGGUGAAGAGUAAGAAAUGUAAAGUAACUGUUACAAAAACUCCAAUGUUUGUUCGUACACCACAAGAUUUAACUGUUGCAGAUAAAUCUGAAGCUGUUUUCGAAUGUGAAAUUGAUGCAUAUCCAAAUGCUAAAGUAUCAUGGAUUCGUGAUGGUAAACCAUUGAAUGUUAAAGAUGGUGUUGAAACUCAAGCACAACCUGAUAAAGGCAUCUAUACACUUCGUAUUCCUCAAACUGAUUCAAUUAAACAUAUGGGUACAAUAAUAUGUCGCGCAGAAAAUGCUAUUGGCAAUGUUGAACAUCCAUUUCAAUUGAAUAUUACAACAGCUCCUGCAAUAAAAACACAAUUAAAAGAUCUUGAAACUUUACGAGGAUUAGAUGCCAUAUUUAUUGUUGAUGUUCAAGGCUAUCCCUUACCGGAAUUAACAUGGCUCCAUGGAGAAGAACAAUUAAUUGAAUCAAACGAUAAAUAUACUUGGUCCGAUGAUCAACAUCGUCAAUUAGUAAUUCAUAAUGUUCAAGUAACAGAUGAAGAUGAAUAUUAUGUUCGAAUACGUAAUGAAUUCGGUGAAGUUACAAGUAAAGCUAAACUUUCAUGUUUAAUUACGCCAAGAAUAUCGCCUGCUACUGUGGAUGAUACAAUAUUACAACGUGGCGAUGAAAUUGAAUAUCAAUUUGAAAUCGAAGGUCGUCCACAAGUUGAUGUAACAUGGUCCAAGAAUGGAAAAGAACUUAAAUUAAAUGAAAAUCCAAAUUAUAUCUUUACAUCUGAUAAAGAAAACAAUAAAGAAAUAUUUAAAAUUGUUAAAGCUGAUGGUGAUGAUCAAGCACGUUAUACAUUACAAAUUAAAAAUAAAGUUGGCAAAAUCGAAGUCAAUAUAAAUAUAAUUGUUAAGGCUAGUUUACAAUUUGUUAAAAAACUUACUGAUGUUGCAGCAACUGUUGGACAACCAGUUACAUUUUCAUGUGAAUGUUUUGGUUUGCCAAAACCAACAGCAACUACUUGGUAUUUCAAUGAUGUUGAACUCAAAGGAACAGCUAAAUAUAAAAUUGAAUCGAAAUAUCCAUUAAUGAAUUUAACUGUUAAUAAAACAGAUAUCGCUGAUAUUGGUAAAUAUCGUGUCGUUGUUACCAAUGUCGAACAAACAAUUGAAAAUCAAGCUGAUCUCUUAGUACAAACAAAACCGAAAUUAGAAGGUAAACCACAAGAUGCACAACCAAUUAUCGAAGAAACAGCAAGAAUACAAUGUAAAUUCUCUGGUUCACAACCAUUAACUGUAACUUGGCUAAAGAAUGGUGAACCAUUAUCGUUACCAAAUGAUAAUAUUGAAGUUAUUAGUGAAGCUGAUACAGGUGUUCAAGCACUCGUUUUUAAAUGUGUUUAUAUUGAAGAUAAAGCAAAUUAUACAGUUCAAGUUGCAAACAUGGUUGGACAAGCUGAAGGCAAAAUGAAUUUAACACCUAAAGAAAUUAAACCAACCAUAGUCACUGAUCUUGAAGGAAAAACUGUUGAGAAAGGUGCACUAUGUGAAUUGUCAAUCGUUGCUGAAGGUAAACCUCUACCACAAUGUAAAUGGGCAUUUAACAAUCAAGAUUUGACAUUAAUUCCUGGUGAAAUCGAAUCAGUAGUUGACGAAAAUGAUAAACGGAUAUAUUACUUACGAAUUCCUUCGACUCAACCAAAACAUAUCGGUGAAUAUUCAUGUACUCUAUCGAAUGGUGGCGGAAGUGUUAAAUCGAAAAAAGUGAAAGUAUCAUGUGAAAAAUCUCCACAAUUUGCUUCUGAAUUUGGUAAACCCGUACAAACUAUACAAGGUGAAGAUGCAAGAAUUGAAUGUUCAAUCGAUGCUUAUCCAUUGCCCAACUUCACUUGGAGUCGAGGAUCUGAUGAAAAUAGUCUAUCGGAUAAAGAUGCUAAUUAUUCUAUAGCUUUUGAUACUGAUCAAAAUGCAUCAGUAUUAUUAAUAAAACAAGUUAAAAAAUCUGAACAUGAAGAUGAAUAUGUAUGUCAUGCAACGAAUGAAUUUGGUACAGCUAAUAUGCGCACAAAAUUAAUUGUCCUUAUUCGACCUUACUUUAUUGAGCCAUUGAAAGAUACUCAAUGUCAUGAAUUUACAGAACAAUAUGCUAUUGAAUAUCAAGUUGAUGCUUAUCCUGAGCCAACAAUAGAAUGGACAAGAAAUGAUGAAAUCAUUUUACCAACAUCGAAUGAAUUCCGUAUUGAAAAGAAUCGUUUAGUUAUAUUAGAAACAAAAUUAGAACAUACAGGAAAAUAUGGUGUUAAACUAACAAAUGAGGUUGGUGAAGUUGAAUCGUCUAUGCAAUUAACAGUCAAUGAAAGACCUAUUGAAAUAGGUAAACAUCUUGUUGAUACAAUCGGUGUAGAAAAGGGCCUUAUUACACUUGAGUGUGUAUUUACAAAACCGAUUGAAGGUGUUAAAUGGUUUAAAAAUGGUGCAGAAUUACCAGAUGAUGCGCGUUUUGUUCGUAAAGGUGAGCCAAAUCAACGUUACUUUCAAUUAGAAGUCAAUACAUUAACACUUGAUGAUACUGGAGAAUUCUCUUGUAUUUACAAUGAUGGAAUAAAUUCAAAAGCAACAUUAACAGUUAAUGAAUUACCAAUUGAUUUUGAACAACCAUUAUCGAAUCAAUCAUUAACGGAAUAUGAUACAUUAACACUUGAGUGUACUGUUACAAAACCGGAUAAACAAGUUAAAUGGUAUUUUGAUAGCCAAGAAUUAAAACCUGAUGAUCGAUGUCGAUUUGAAAAUGAAGGAAAAGUUCAUCGAUUAAUUAUCAAUAAUGUGUCACCAAAUGAUGAAGGAAACUAUGAUGUUAUUACAGAAAGUGAUAGAAAGAGUUCAGCAUUUGUUGGCGUUAAAGAAAUUCCUGUUGUAUUCGUUCGUCCAUUAACUGAUAUUGAUGUUCAAGAACGCUCAUCCGAAAUAGUUCUUGAAUGUGAAUUAAACAAAUGUGUUCAUGUCGAAUGGUAUCGUUUUGCAACACAAUUAACAUCAACUACCGAUGAUCAACGUAUAUUUAUUGAACAAAAUGAUUUAGUAUAUCGAUUAAUAAUAAAAAAUAUUCAAAUGGAUGAUCAAGGAACAUAUACAUGCCUUUAUCCAUCACAACGUGUUGAUUCAACAUGUAAAGUACAUGUUAAUGAAUUGCCAUUAGCUUUUGUACAAGGCUUAAAUGAAGAAUAUAUCGUAACUGAAAAUGAUGAUUUAAUAUUAAGCGUUGAAUUAAAUAAAAUGACUCCAUUGAAAUGUGAAUGGCUUAAAGAUGGUCUUCCAAUUGAAAAUAAUGAACAUGCUAAAAUGACUGUUCAAGGUGAAAGAUAUCAAAUAAAAUUACUUGAUGUUAAAGUUGAUGAUCAAGCAAAAUAUACUUUCCGCAUCAAUGAAGUUAAUCUUGAAGGAAAUACAAAUGUUAAAAUAAAUGAAAUACCUAUUUACUUUACACGUCCAUUAAAAGAUACAUCCUCGAUUGUAGAAAAAACAACUGACUAUCGUUUUGAUUGUGAAAUUAAUAAAGAAAACAAGAUUGCACAAUGGUUUAAAGACGAUGAACAACAAGCAUUAACAUCAAAUGAUGAAGUUCUAGUACAAUCUCAAGGACGUAUACAUUCUUUAAUAUUUAAUACAAUUAAAUUAACGCAUGCAGGCAAAUACACAUGUCAAUUUACAGAAGAUAUCAAAUCUAUUGGUGUACUUCAAGUUGACGAGGCUGCGACUGACUUUGAUAUUGCUUUACAAAAUGUUACACUUAAUGAAGAUGAACCACUUAUAUUAGAAUGUAUUCUUACAAAAGAUCGACCUGACGAUCAAGUCAAUUGGUUAUUCAAUGGCGAACCUUUGUUGAUCGAUCAAGAACGUGUUAAAACAACAAAAGUUGGUCCGAUUGUUAAGUUAACUAUAGAUGAAUGUCAAUUGAGUGAUGAAGGGCGUUAUCAAGCAGAAAUUAAUAAUAAAACAAGCAAAGCCUUGGUCACUGUUAAAGAGAAAAAGAUUCAAUUUACUAGCCCACUCAAAGAUGUUGAAUUCGAUGAAUGGUCUAAAUGUAUUCUUGAAUGUGAAGUCAACAAACGUAAUGCUGAAUGUCACUGGUAUAAGGAUAUAAUGGAAAUUCGUCCAAAUGAUCAUUAUCAAUUUGAAGUUGAUAAUAAAACACAACGUUUAAUUAUCAAUCGUCUCGAAUUGGAUGAUGCAUCUAGUUACAGUUGUGUUUUUCGACAAGAGAAAACAUCAGGAAAAUUAACUGUUAAAGAAUUAGCUUAUGAAUUCGUUCGUCCAUUAGAAGAAACUAGAACAUUUGUGGAAAAACAAGAAUUAGUACUCGAAUGUGAAACAAAUAAACCAUUGAGAGAUAAUUUAGCCAUAUGGACACGUGACGGACAAGUUCUAACACAUAAUCCAAUGGAUGGUAUACUUAUUAAAACAACUGAUAAAGUUCAUGUGUUAACGAUUUAUGAAACGAAAAUGAAAGAUCACGGAAAAUAUUCGUGUACAAUAAAAGAAGCCAGUACAACAUGUCAAGUUGUUAUGAACGAAGCGCCAGUUGAAUUUAUUCGUCCACUUGAAAACUUAACAGUUACAGAAGGUCAACCACUACGAUUAAGCUGUACGUUGAGUAAAGACAAUUGCCAAGUUACAUGGGUAAAAGAUGAUGAAGAAAUUAAAAUAAACGAAGAAGAAGAAAGUCGAUAUGUUAUCACAAAUGAUGCACGAGCUUAUCGAUUAGAGAUGAAAGAAUCUAAAAUGACUGACGCUGGAACGUAUACUAUUAAAGUUGAAGAUAAAGAACUAUCAUGUCAAGUUGUUAUUACUGAGGCUCCAAUCGAAAUCAUUAUUCCAUUAAGUGAUAAAACGUGUAUGGAAGCUACAGCUGAAUUUUCAGAAUUUUAUGUUGAAUUAAAUAAACCAAAAGUUAAUCUUAUUUGGAAAUGUGACGAUGAACCAAUUGAUUUCACUAAUCCAAAAUAUUCUACACGUAAUGAACAAACGAAAUAUACAUUAGUUAUUCGUGAUAUUGAAUUAUCCGAUGAAAAAGCUUAUUCAUGUCAAGUUAGCAGUGGUGCAUCAGCACGUGUUAAAUCUUCAGCGCAUUUAACUGUUGACGAAUUGCAACCUGAAUUCGUUUUAACAACAACAAUAUUACAAGAUCGUGAAUGUUUUGAAGAUGAAACUGUCGAGUUUGAAUGUGAAUUAAAUAAAUCGAAAUGGAAAAAGACUGGUCAAACAAUUAUGUGUAAAUGGUUUCGUAAUGUUGAUCGAGAAAUACGAACAACAGCUAAAUAUUCAAUGGAACGUUCAGGACCAAUACAAAAGUUAAUUAUUCAUAAUGCACAAUUUGAAGAUGAAGCAGAAUAUCGUUGUGUUAUUAUGGAUAAUUUUGUCAGUGCUAAACUUACUGUCAAUGAAAUUCCUGUAACAUUCACUCAAUUACUCGAAGAUGUCAACAUCAUUGAACGAGAAACAGUUACAUUUCAAUGUGAAAUAUCUAAAACGAAUUCAACACGUACGAGUGCAGAAAUUCCAAUACAAUGGUAUCGUGAUGGCGUUAAAAUAGUUGGUGGUGGUCGAUUUGAAAUAUCGAAAUCAUCAGGCAAUAAACGACAGACAUUAAAAAUAAUCAAUGCUAGUUUAACCGAUUCGGGUGAAUACGCUUGUACAGCUGAUACCGAUAAAAUUCGCACAGGUGCCAAUUUAACAGUUGGCGAUCUUGAAGUUCAAUUUCUUCAAACAUUACAAGAUCGUACUGUUCUCGAAGAUCAAAAUUUGGUGCUCGAAUGUAUUGUUAAUCGUACCGAUAAGCCGAUCUCAUGGUUUUUCAAUGAUCAAGAAAUUCAUCCAGGAACAAACUAUGAUAUUAAUCGUGAAAAGAAUAAAUUACGUUUAGUUGUUAAAAAUGUAACAAUGAACAAUGAAGGACAGUAUUCAUGUCGUGUAGCUGACGUUAAAACGCAAUGUCAUGUUAUUGUUGAUGAAGACACGGUUCGUUUUAUUGAACGUUUAACUGAUGUCGGAGCUAAAGAAGGUGAUUCGGUAACAUUUCAAUGUUCACCAUCGAAACUUACAUAUGUUAAAUCUAAACGCGAUAUUAAUUUUAAAUGGUUACAUAAUGGAAAAGCUAUUGAUGAAAAUCAAGAUAAAGAUAAAUAUAAAACUGAAUUUGAUAAGACAAAUAAAAUAUUAAAAUUAACAGUGAAUGAUAUACGUAAUGAAGAUAUUGGCAUAAUAACAUGUCAAGCAGAUGAAGUAACAACAAUCGGUAAAGUGGUUGUUGAAGAAGUGCCAAUUAAUUUUGUUCGUAAACCAGAAGAUCAAAUUCUAACUGAAUUACCAAAUAUUUGUUUAUUUGAAUGUGAACUAAAUCGACCAGGUGUACAAAUCAAAUGGUUGCAUAAUAAGAAACAAUUAGAUUUUCUUAAAGAUAAAAUUGAAUUUCAUAAUACAGAUACAAUUUAUCGUUUGAAAAUAUUAAAUGUUGAUGUUGAUGAUCAAGGCGAAUAUUUAUGUGUUGCACGUGAUAAGAAAGCACAAGCUUUUCUUAAAUUACAAGUAGCACCGAAAAUUCAAUCAUUUCAAACUAAUGCAAAAUUAAUUAAACGUGGUCAACCAUUAAUCAUUGAUGUUGUAUACCAUGGUUGGCCAGAACCAACUAUUGAAUGGAAUAAAACAAAUACUACAAUGAAGAAUAAAUUAAUUAAAAAUGGAAAUAGACAAAUGUCAAUUGAAAGCACGUCACGAAGUGACUCAGGUUCAUAUGAAAUAACACUUAAAAAUGAUUAUGGACAAGAUCAAAGAAGUGGUGCUAUAGAAAUUCUUGAUAAGCCAAGUAAACCAAGAAAUGUAGCCGUUAAAUUAUUGGAUGUUGGCGAAUGUGAACUAACGUGGGAAGAACCAGAAGAUGAUGGUGGUUCACCACUAACUGGCUAUUGUAUUGAAAAAUGCGAAGAACGACGAGCUGCAUCAUGGGAUGAAGUUUGCAUAAUGAGUGUUGAAGAAAGAACGGCACUUGUUAAUAGAUUACUUGAGGGAGCUAAAUAUCGCUUCCGUGCUAGUGCAGAAAAUAAAUAUGGCCGAUCAGAUCCAUGUGAAACAACUGAACCAUUACUUAUUAAAAAUCCAUUUGAUCCUCCAUCGGCACCGGAUGCUCCACUUAUUGAUGAAAUCUUUGCAACAACAUGUCGUAUUCAAUGGACACCACCAUCUAGUGACGGUGGAACACCAUUAACAGGCUAUUAUGUUGAACGUCAUUUACAAGGAGCCACACGUUGGACAAAAGUAUCAAAACAAAUAACUCCACCAGAUACAACUGAAAUAAAAGCUGAAGAACUUAUGGAAGGAAGUGAAUAUGAAUUUCGAAUAGUUGCUUGUAAUAAAGCGGGUCAAUCAGAGCCAAGUGCUCCAUCAAGAACUAUCGUAGCAAAAAAUCCAUUUGAUAAACCAGGACCACCUUCUGGAUUAACUAUUGAUGCAGUCGGUAAUGAAUGGAUUGAAUUAAGUUGGCAACCACCUAUUAAAGAUGGUGGUUCACCAAUAACCGGUUAUGUCGUUGAACGACGAACCACUUCAAAUUAUAAAUGGCAUGCUCCAACUGAUCCAAUAGAAGGUACAACGACAAAACUACAUUCAUUACACACUGGACAUAAAUAUGAAUUUCGUGUUCGAGCUCAGAAUGCAGGUGGUGUUGGCGAACCAUCAAGUCCAACAAAAGAAACUGAAAUAAAAGAACCAAUCAUUGGUGAAAAACCAAGAUUUAUUCAAGAACUUGAACCGGUCACAGUCGUCAGUGGACGACCUGUGACAUUAACUGCUCGUGUUAAAGGUGAUCCAACACCUGAAUUCAAAUGGUUGAAAAAUGAUAAUCGAGUUGUACAAGAUGAUCACUUAAAAUUGGAUAUUACUGGUGAUACAGUUAAAUUAGUAAUCACUGAAGCUGUACCGUCCGAUGCGGGUUCAUAUGAAUUGAUAGCUGAAAAUGCUCUUGGUUCAAUUGAUUGUGCAGCGAAAUUAAUCGUUCAAUCACCACCAACUAUUGUUAGUUCAACUCCAUCACCAAUCAAUGUUCCAGUUGGUCAAGUUUUAUAUAUUUCAUGUGAAGUCAGUGGUUAUCCUCGACCAGAAAUGACCUGGGAACCAGCAAAUGAUCGUUUCCGUACUGAACAAUCUGAUACAUUCGUUACUUUAUCAAUAUCAAAAGUUCGUGUCAAUGAAGGAGGAACCUAUAAAUUAGUAUUAAAAAAUGCAGCUGGUUCAGCUGAAGCAUCAUUUGAUGUUCGUAUUCAAAAUGUUCCUCAACCCGUAAGAAAUCUUACAAUUGAUAAAAUUCAAGCCGAAUCAGUUCAUAUCAAAUGGACAGCACCAUUGGAUGAUGGUGGUUUACCAAUAAAUUCAUAUUUUGUUGAAUAUCGUGAUAUGCGUCGUUCACAAUAUGUUCGAUCGGAACGUCUUUCAGGUGAAACAUUUGAUUAUCAACUUACUCGUUUAACAAAAGGAUCCAAAUAUACAGUAAGAGUAUUAGCAGAAAAUAAACUAGGUCAAUCAGAACCAACAGAAAUUAUUGAACCAUUUAUUGCUAAAAAUCCAUUUGAUGUACCAAGUGCACCACGUGAACUUAAAGUUACUGGUGUAACAAGAUCAUCUUGUCAAUUACAAUGGUUACCACCAAAUAAUGAUGGCGGAGCAGCAAUUCAAGGCUAUAUUAUUGAAAGACAAACAGAAACACGUUGGAUUCGAGCUGUACCAACAUUAGUAGAAGGAACAACUAUACAAUUAGUUGACUUAAUUGAAGGAUCUAUUUACGAUUUUCGAGUAGCAGCUGUAAAUGAAGAAGGUCAAGGUGCAUACAGUCGUCCAAGUGAAUCUGUUACUAUUAAAGAUCCAUACGAUGUUCCAACACAGCCGGGACCUAUUGACAUCAAUGAACUAACGGAUACAUCAUGUGUACUUGCAUGGAAACCACCCAUUCGUGAUAAUGGUAGUCCAGUUAUUGAAUAUAUAAUUGAACAACGUUUUAAAUCUGAUCCAUCAUUUAUACGUUUGGAAACUGAAGCACCUGUUACUGAAUGUUUUCAUAAAUUGGAAAACUUAGUUACCAAUGGUGAAUAUGAAUUUCGUGUUGCUGCACGUAAUAAAGCUGGUUUAAGUGCCUAUUCACAAACAGAUCGAAAUAUUCUUAUUCGAGCACCUCGCCAAGGUGUUGCACCACAAAUCGAAAAACUAAUUAGUCAAACACUAAAUGGAGGUACUCAAGGUCGUCUUGAAGCAACAGUUACCGGCUCACCUGAACCAGAAAUAAUUUGGUAUAGAGGUGGCCGAAAAUUACCUUUACAAACCGGACGAUAUACUUCAUCACUUGCACAAAGUCUUCUUGUUCUUUACAUAAAAGAUGUUCAAGAAAAUGAUGCUGGACAAUAUACAUUGGAAGUUCAAAAUGAAUUUGGUAGCGAUAGUAAACAAAUUCAAGUCAACGUUUUAGCAACACCUAAAAUUGAAUUCGAUGCUAAAUAUCGUAAACAAAUUGUUGUUGAUGUUAAUUCGUCUGUACGUAUUCCAUUUGCAUUUUCUGGUUCACCGAAACCUGAAUUGACAUUGAGUCGUUCUGAUGAAUCGAAAGAAAAUCACGCAACACUUGAUCUAUUCGAAAAUAGUGGCACACUUCUUUUACGGCAAGUAACACGUCCAGAUACUGGCGUAUACCGUUUACAAGCAACAAAUGAAUGUGGUACAGUCACGGCACGUAUUGAUAUUCUUGUCCAAACAGUUCCAUCACCACCAGGUGGACCAUUACAAGUAACAGCAAGCGGCAAAGAUUAUGUUAGUCUUGCUUGGCAUACUUGUGAAGAUGAUGGCGGCAGUGAAUUAUCAGCAUUUAUCAUUGAAAAACGUGAAGAAAAUAAAGCAAUUUGGACAAAGGUUGUACAAGUUCGUCCAACGAAUACCACAUAUACAUGUACUGGUCUACUUGACAAAACAAAUUACUUCUUUAGAAUAUUAGCUGAAAAUGAAAUGGGCAUUGGUGAACCAUUAGAAUUAGAACAUGUUAUUAUGGCUAAAUUACCAUAUGAACUUCCUGGUUCACCCGUAGGUCCUGUCAAAAUUGAUUCAAUUAUUCAAACAGGCUGUACAUUAUCAUGGUCACCAGCAACAGAUGAUGGCGGUGCAAAAAUUACAGGCUAUGUUAUUGAAGGGAAAGAUGUUAAUCGACAAGCAUGGAUACCAUUGGAAAAUGUACCGGCUAGUGAAACUACAGUUGAUGUAAGACAAUUAAAAGAAGAUGCAACAUAUACUUUUCGUAUUAUGUCGAAAAAUAUUGUUGGUCUCUCGCAACCACUUGAUAGUGAAUCUGUAACAUUAAAACGGCCAAAUACAGUACCACAUGCUCCUGUACCAUUUUUUGUUAGUGACGUUGAUAUUGAUAGUUGUAUAUUAGAAUGGGAAAUACCGAAAUUUAGUGGUGGUGAAAAUAUACAACUGAAAAAUUUCAUUAUUGAACAACGUAUUGGCGAUAAAGAAUCUACGCCAUGGAAAGUUGUUGCUGAACCUGAUGCAUUUUUAACAAGUACUAGAAUUGGACAUUUGGUCGAAGAAAAAGAAUACUAUUUCCGUAUUAAAGCAGUGAAUGAAAUAGGACAAUCAAAACCAACUGAAUUAACAAGACCAGUUAUUCCACGCCAAAAGAGCAUUGCUCCAUCAGCACCUAUCGGACCUAUAAGUACACUAAUGGUAACACGAGAUUCAAUUACUAUUAGUUGGGGACCGUGUAAAGAUGAUGGUGGAAGUGAACUUAUCGGUUAUGUUAUUGAAAAACGUGAUGCUUCAAGAAAUACUUGGCAACGUAUUGGAUAUAAUGAUCCCAGUACAUUUACUUAUACAACAACUGGACUUAUUGAAGAUGCUGCAUAUCAUUUUCGUGUAUAUGCCGAAAACUCCGUUGGAAUGUCAUCACCAUUGGUAACAGUUGAUCCUAUUGUUGCUAAGAGUCCAUAUACACGUCCAGAUAAACCAGAAGGACCAUUGAUAACGAAGAUUGUUUCAGCGAGUUCAAUUGACUGUACAUGGCAACCACCAUUAAGUGAUGGCGGUACAACAUUAACAGGCUAUCUUAUUCAAAGACGUGAUAUAACAAGACCAAUCUGGGUUAAAGCUGGACAUGUCAAUGGUGAUAUCUGUCGAUUUACCAUAAAAGAUUUACCCGAUGAAGGCUCAUAUUUAAUACAAAUAUUUUCUGAAAAUUCUGAAGGUCAAUCACUAGAACCGUUAGCAAUAGAACAGCCGGUUAAAUUAAUGCGUAAAGUUGAUGUACCUGAACCACCAGCUAAACUUGAUGUUAUAGCUAAAACAGAUUCAUCAAUAACAUUACAAUGGGAAAUGCCACGUAGUGAUGGUGGUAGUCCAUUGACAGAAUACUUAUUAGAAAUGCGUGAUAAGAAAGGUAAAAAUAGUGAAUGGACACAAGUACAAAUUUUGCCAACGAUAACAACAAGUUUCCGUGUGACGAAAUUGAAUGAAGAUGUCUAUUAUAAUUUCCGUAUUAAAGCAGCCAAUACUAUAGGAUACAGUGAACCGAAAACACUUGAAAAGGCAGUUAAGCCAGACAAACAAAGUGAACCACCAUCUAUGCCUGAUAAACCAUUGGAAAUAACAAAUAUCGAUUCAACAUCAAUAGCUUUAUCAUGGAAACCAUCAUCAUCGAGUGGUUCAGGUGAUUUAUUAUCUUAUAUUAUCGAGCGUCGUGAUGUUUUGAAAGCUAAUUGGACCGCAGUUAAAAAAGUUUCAUCAAAUCAAUACAAUCUUCUCAUAUCAGAAUUAACUGAAGGUUCAAGCUAUUAUUUCCGUGUUUGUGCUGUAAAUGAAGAUGAUCUUCAAAGUGAAUGGCUUGAAUUAGAUGGGCCUGCUUUAUGUCGCAAUCCAUAUGAUGUUCCAUCACCACCAAAAAAUCUUGUUGUUAAAGAUAUCAUUGGGCAAACAGUGACAAUACAAUGGGACGCACCAGAAAAUGAUGGUGGUAAACCCAUACGUGGCUAUAAUAUUGAACGACGUGAUGUACAAAGAGCAACAUGGCUGAAAGAAGGACGUUGUAAAACAACAACAUUUGAAAUUGAAAGUUUACCAUUGGGUGGGCAACAUUUAAUACGUGUAACAGCUGAAAAUGAAGAAGGUCUUUCAGCACCAUGUGAAAUUGAUAGAGCUGUACAAAUCGAUGCUAAAGAUAUUUCAAUACCGAAACCGCGUGACGUUGAAAUCGGAAAAGUGAAAGGACAAUCAUUGACGUUAACAUGGCUACCAGCUACAGGAUCAUUACAAGAUAAAACUGAUACUAUAUCAAGUUAUGUAAUUGAAGUCUGGGAUUCCGAAGAACAUGCAUGGCGUGAAUUAGAAAGAGUUGAUGCAUCAGAAACAUCAUAUACACGCACAGAUUUAAAAACAGAGUUAUCUUACCAAUUUCGUCUACGUACAUUAACACGUAAUGGUCGACGCUCAUCACCAACACGUGAAACACAAGUUUUAUCACUUAAGCGUACUAUUGACGCCCCAGAUACACCAGAAGCAUUGACAAUAACAGACAUAACAGAUGAUUCUUUCAUACUUAAAUGGCGUGAAGGUUCAUUAAAAACUAAACGUUAUAUUGUUGAGAAACGUGAAGCAUCAAAAAAAGUUUGGGUAACAGCUGGUGAAACAACAGAAACAAGUAUUUGUGUUGAACAUCUUAUGCGUAAUGUUCAAUAUGAAUUACGUGUCUUUGCUCAAAAUGCUUCGGGCGAUCGUUCAAAAGAAGCAGCAGUAUUAUUAAUUCAAUUUAAAGGACGACAAGUACCUCCUGGUUUAUGUGAAGAAUUGAAAGUUAAAGAACAUAGUCCAACUGCAUGUUUAGUUACAUGGUUGCCACCUAGUGAUACAAGUAAUGCAUCCAUUCGAAAUUAUAUCGUGGAAAAACAACAAGUUGGUCGUUUAACAUGGCAAACUGUUAGUGAUUCAUCACAAACGUGUACAUGUCUUGUAAAUGAAUUAACACCAAAUGUACAAUAUAAAGUCCGAGUAGCUGCAAUCAAUGAAUUUGGUCAAGGAGAAUUUGUUGAAACAGAACCCAUACAAAUUAAAGAACAGAAUAUUCCACCAUCAAAACCUGUUAAUCUAACUGUGACGGAUAUGACUUACUCAUCUAUUGAUGUAAGUUGGUUAUGUCCACGUGAAUUUGGUUCUAAACCAAUAAAACAUUAUGUAUUAUAUCGACGUUCAACAAAAGCCGGUUCUGAAUGGAAAUUAAUUCAUCGUGUAAAUCGAACACAAUUAUCAUAUACAUUUGAUAAUCUUGAUUCGUCAUUAGCGUAUUCUUUACGUGUUACAGCUGAAUCUGAUGCUGGUGAAUCUGAAUCAUGUGAAUUACCAACACCUGUAUCUCCUAAGAAGAAAGCGAAACCGCCCGCAAUACCAGAUCAUGUUUUUGUUCGUACAAUCGAUGAUGGUAUUAUUAGUAUACAAUGGAGUGGCUUAGAUACAGAUAAUGAUAAUCAAUCUGAACAAAAUUCAAAUUUACUUGGUUAUAUUGUUGAAAUGAAUGAUGGUAGAGAUUGGGUUGAAGUUGAACGCACAGACAGUUUUACACGUACAUGUACAACAACACAUUUGAGACAAGAUACUGAUUAUAGUUUUCGUGUAUCGGCAUAUAAUCGUAUUGGACAAGGUCGUUCGAAAGAAAUCGAUACACCUGUUAAAGCUAAAUCACCAUUUUCUAAACCAGGUCAACCAUCCGGUCCAUUAAAUGUAUCAAAUUUAACACGAUCAACUGUUGAUCUAAACUGGUCACCAUCACCAACUGUAAAUGAUAUACCGAUAACAAAUUAUUUUGUUGAAAAAUUUCGUGAUGGUAUUUGGAUAAAAGUUGCACGUUUACCACCAACAUCAACAUCAUUAAAAGUAUUUAAUUUAAUUGAAAAUAAAGACGUAUUAUUUCGUGUAUCAGCUGAGAAUCGUUUUGGUAUAAGUGAACCAUUACAAUCAAUGCAAGUCAAACCAAAUCGAUCAUUUGAAACCAAGCCGCCUACUGAUCUUGAUUCAACAGCAGCUAGCUAUUUUGAAAAGAAUUUAAAUCAUAAUGAUUUUAAUUUUCUUUUAUAUCACGAUAGUCCACCAUCGACAACAUUUGAUACAUUGAAAUUUGGUGAUGAUAUUGAAGAAUAUAUUAAAAGUGUUUGGUAG